AUUCCUUUUUGAUUUUGGCACACAUGUUACGAUUAUAGAGAGAGAAGGCUUGGUGGACUCGGAACACGAGCAGCCCUGAAUAGGAUAGCGUGAACAGAAAUCUGUCAGAUAAGAUGGCCGAUUCAGUGGAUCGAGUAUUCGUGCACGCGCUCAACACCGUGAAGAAAAUCCCCAAGACUGGCGCAUCGAGACCUCCGCCCUUCGAUCGUCUGCGGCUCUAUGGGCUAUACAAGCAAGCUAUGGAGGGGGAUGUCGAUGGGGUUAUGGAGAGGCCGCUGAGUAUCGGUGAGGGGGAGGCGGAGGAGGAGGAUGUAAAGAAGGAUAGGGAUAAGUAUGAUGCGUGGGAUUCGCAGAGGGGGCUCAGUAAGACGGAAGCGAAGAGGAGGUAUAUUGAGGCAUUGAUCGAGACGAUGCAUAAGUAUGCAAGUACGACUGCCGAUGCCAGAGCCUUGGUCGACGAACUCGAAUUCGUCUGGGACCAGAUCAAGAACAACAGUGCUUCCUCUUCCGGAUCUUCACCUCGUCGAGGGGGAGGCGUUCCUUCGUACACAACACAACCAAGGACAUUUCAGCAACCGUUAUCAGGAGGCGACGGGCCGAUGCGGGUACUUAGUCCGAUGAGCCAGGACGAUGAGGCCGAAGCGGAAUCCAGAAGAUUGGGUUAUAACGACGAAUACGACGAUAGUGCCGAGUUUAAUGAUGGGAAGAAGAAAGGAGAGAAGCAAGUUCAGAAGUGGAGACGGACGGUCGAACAAGCGUUGGUGAAGAUGACUACUGAAAUCGCAGCCUUGAGGGAGAAGAUUGCUACCGGGAGGGAAUAUCAGGGGAAAAGGAGGAGAUCUUUUGGAAAGUGGCUUGGGUGGCUGAUAUGGGCUAUUGUUAGGCACUUUUUGGUCGAUGCGGUUGUGCUGGGUAUUGUGUUAAUAUGGCUGAGGAAGAGAAAGGACCGGAGGGUUGAAGACCUUGUAAGAGAAGGUUUGAAGAUUGGGAGGGAGUACGUGAGGAGGAUACUACCGGCCAGAUGAAACGAAACGACUUAAGAUAUCAUAUUCAUAAGGAGGCAUGGGUCAUGGCCAGGUCACGCAGGAGGAAGGAGAUACCGGCUACGAACUCAUGAGGUUAUGCCUGCCACCACGACUAUAUACAAUCCUCAGCCUCACGACGGCAUGCCCGAAAGUUGCUGAGCUCCAUUUAUUUCAGAGUUCCACUUGACUCUGUGGCCAAUGAACAGCU